GUUGCCUGGUGACGAGAGUUGGGAGUGUGGUGGGGCUGCGGAUCUCCAGCAGUGGCGUUACUUCUAGCGGCUGGACCCGGCGUUCUCCGCGAGAUCCCGAGAUAUUCUCCCCGCACGGAAGCGACGACUGGCCUGGCCAGAGGAUUCGGGUGGGAGCGAGGUGCCGGCCCCGACAGGAGGGUGAGGUACGCAGAAGUAAGGCGGGGCGCCCCCUGCGGGAAGCGAGCGCGCCCCGGAAAAUGAGCGCCUCCCCACACCACGGGGUCCAGGAGUGAGUGCGGGAAGGAACUCAGCCGCCCGGAGUUGUGGCCUCAUCGUGCUUCCCGCCAAAAACGCCUUGGUACUGUCGGGACGCGGCUGAGCGUGGACGCGCCCGCAUCUGCCCCUCCUCCGCAGUGGUGGAAGACACCCGCGGAGCACCGGUGGAUAAGGGCGGUCUCCUGAGGCCAGAGCUGUAUCCGCAGCAGCCUCCCCGUAUAUUACAAGAAAUCUUAAGUCAAACACUGGAAGAGAUGUCAGAAGAUUCAGAAAAGGAAGACUAUUCAGACAGAACAAUCAGUGAUGAAGAUGAAUCGGAUGAGGAUAUGUUCAUGAAAUUUGUAAGUGAAGAUCUUCAUCGGCGUGCACUUUUAACAGCUGACUCUUUUGGUGAUCCCUUCUUCCCUCGGACUACACAGAUACUAUUAGAAUAUCAGCUAGGGAGAUGGGUGCCACGUCUUCGUGAACCACGGGAUUUAUAUGGUGUCUCUUCUUCUGGUCCACUGAGCCCAACACGGUGGCCAUACCAUUGUGAAGUCAUCGAUGAAAAAGUCCAGCAUAUUGAUGGAGUCUCACGCUGGAGUGAGUCUCACCAGCUGGAGUGCAGUGGCGCGAUCUCGGCUCACUGCAACCUCCACCUCCCAGGUUCAAGCAAUUCUCCUGCCUCAGCCUCCUAAGUAGCUGGGACUACAGGCACGCCACCACGCCCAGCUAAUUUUUGUAUUUGUAGUAGAGAUGGGGUUUCACCAUGUUGGCCAGGAUGGUCUCCAUCUCUUGACCUCGUGAUCUGCCUGCCUCAGCUUCCCAGAGUGCUGGUUUUUUUUUUUUUUUAACGUUCUGUAUCUCUUAGCUGACAUUGGAAAUCUGACCUGUAAUUUUCAGAAGUGUCCAAGUCAUGAAAUACAAGGAAAGACUGGAAAGCUGUUCUAUAUCGAAGAAAACUAAAAUACACAUUAAAGUUCAAUGCAAUGUGUGAUUCUAAAGUGGAUCCUUUUGCUAUAGAGGACAUUAUUUAUACAACUGUCAAAAUUUUAAGUCUAAGGAUUAAAUAUUAGAAAUAAAUCACUAUUAAUGUCCUGAUCUUGAUAGUUGUAUUAUGGUUAUUUAUAUAGGAGGAUUUCCUUCAUUGGAGGAAAUAUAAGUAUUUGGAGAGGAUGGAGUAUUAUGUUGGCAAAUAUUUCAGGGAAAAAAGUGUUUUUUUCCUGUUAUUGCAACUUUUCUGUAUGUUUUCAACUGUUUCAAAUAAAAAGUUUAGAAACCACAUGCCUAGGAAUAAAUCUGAUAGACAAGAUUUCUAUGAAGAAGCAAUAAAGCAUUAUUGAGAGAGAUUUUUAAAAGACCUAAAUAAAUAGAGGGAAAUAGCAUGUUCAUAGAUUGGGAGACUCAUUAUUUUAAAGAUGUCAGUUAUCUCCAAACUGACCUACAUGUACCAUGCAAUACCAGUCAAAAUCCCAAUUGUGAUUUUUUAUAGAAAUUGACAAGGUACUUUAAAAAUGCAUAUGGAAAUGCCAACAACAUCUUAAAAGGACAAAAAAUUGUAAGAUUUACUAGCUCUUAAACCUUAAUAAAGUUAUAGUAAUAUAUGGCAUUGCUGAAAGGAAACAGGAAUGGAAUAGAACAGAACGCUUAGAAACAGACCUAUGUAUAUAUGGUCAUUAUGAAAAAGGUGGUACUGCAAGAGAAAGCUAAAGAUGGUCUUUUCAGUAAAUAAUACUGGAAUAAUUGGAUUUCCAUAUGGAAAAAGUGAAAUCUCACCCCAACCUUAUGCACAAAAGUCCAUUUUAAGUGGGUUAUGGAUAUAAAAAUGAAAGGUAAAACAAUAAGACUUCUAGAAAAUAAUACAAGAAAAUAUCUUCAUAAUAUUAAAAUCUGGAAAGACUUAAACAGAACAUAAAAUACCCUAACCAUAAAGAAAAAGAUGGAUAAAUUUGACUACAGUAAAAUUAAAAACCUCAGUUCAUCAAAAAAUAAAACAAGGCAAACAAUAGAUUGGGAGAAUAUAUUAAUAUUUGCAAUACAUAACUGACAAAUAGAUCAUUUCUGGAAUAUACAAAGCAUUUCUGAAAGUAAUAAGAAAAGACAAACAACCCAGUAGGAAAAUGGGCAAGAGACUUGAAUGGGCACUUUAUAAAAAAUGAUAUUCACAUGGCCAAUAAACAUAUGAGAUAAUAUCAACCUUAUCGUGAAGUCUUGUUGUGAUUUUAAUUUGCUAUCUCCUGAUUGUUAAGGAGGCUGAGUACUGUUUCACAGACACCUCGAAAGGUUAAAUUUAACUUAUACUAAGCAGUGGUGAGCAUAUGGAGCAAAUAAAACCUUUGUGACCUGCUGGUGGGUGUGUAAAUUGGUAUAAUCAUUUUGGAUGAUAGCUUGGCAUUAUUUACUGAAAUUGAUACAUGCCCUGCAACCUAGAAUUUUUACUCCCAGUUGUAUACCUAAAACUGAUGUGAGCACAGGUGCUCUAAGCAAUAUGUAUAAAGCUGUUCAUAGCACCAUUGUUCUUAAUAGCCCCAAACUGAAACAGCCCAAAUGUCCAUUAUAAAUAGAAAUUGAUAAAUUAUAACAUUUUGUACAAUAUUAUGUAUCAAUGAAAUAAGCAAAUUACAGCAAUAUGCCACAAUGUGGAUUGAUUUCACGAAUAUACGUGAAAAACAGCAUAGAAGAAUACCAUAUACUAUGUGAUUUUAAUUUUAUAAAGUUCAAAUAUAGGCAAAGCAAAGCAAAGCAAGUUUUAUUUACAAGACACAUGCAUAUAUAUGAAUGCUUAGGCAGUAAAAUUAUAAAGGAGAGUAGAGAAAUGAUUGCAUUAUAUUAAGACUAAUGGCUACUUUUCAAAGGGAGGGAGAGGCUGGUGAUGGGAAAGGGGCAUGAAUGGAGUAUGGAAGGUGCUUGCAAUGUAAUAUUUCUUGGCCUAUGUGGUAUUUGCUUUGUGAUAAAUCAGUAAGCUGUAGUUCUUUGUUUUUGCAUAAGUAUAACACCUAAUAAGCAUUUAAACAUUUGCUUUGUUUCUGGCCCUGUGAAAUAUGGAUAGAAGUAUGUUUUGGUAGAUUUUUUUAAUGGGCACAAUUGACAAAAAGAUGAAUACAUCAGUGGAACAGAGUAAAAUGUCCAGAAAUAGACC